AUGAGUGAGGAAACGAAGAGAAUCGGCGGCGGAGGAGCCAUGGUGGCGAAACCCUCCGCCGACGAUCGGAAGCCAUCGGCCGCGGCGGCAGCUCCGUUGCCGGGCGCAGGCAAGAAAGUCAUUGUAAAGAGUGCCGAUAUGAAGGAUGAUAUGCAGAAAGAGGCCGUCGACAUUGCCAUCGCCGCGUUUGAGAAGAACAGUGUAGAGAAGGAUGUUGCAGAACAGAUAAAGAAGGAGUUCGACGAGAAGCAUGGACCUACUUGGCAUUGUAUCGUAGGCAAAAACUUCGGAUCUUAUGUGACUCAUGAGACAAACCACUUUGUUUACUUCUACUUGGAUUCAAAAGCUGUGUUGCUGUUCAAAUCUGGCUGA